CAGGUCAUCAACGAGGUAGUUACCCAGCUGGCUAAGAAGAAGCUGGACGCUGUCAUCGCCGAAGCUUGUAAAGCCCAGUAUAAACUGGAGUGCACCCCCUCCACCACAGAGGAGUUAGCCGAGUCCCUCAUAACCCUGGACGAAAUACAGGAAAGGAUCACGGUGCUAGAAGAAGAGCAGGAGACGGUGUGUCAGCUGUACAAUCUGAUUAACAUGUACUCAGUUCCCACGCCGCCUGAGGAUCUGUUUGUUUUCGCCACCUUGCAACCCACCAUCAGCUCACUGCACAGCAUUAUCGACGGGGCCGCGCUGGAGAGGGAGGCCAGCAUGGGGAAGCUGGGCAGCUCCAUGCACAAGGACAUAAUGGAGCUGAACCGUGAGGUCACACAGGUCAAGCUGAAGGCACAGAAUCCUCAAAACCUUGACAUCAAUUCAGACCCCUCGCAAGUGCGUCUGCUGCUGGGGGGGGUUCAGAUUUCCAUAGACGAGCUGCAGGCCAAGGCCUCCGCCUACAUCUCCUACCAGAAAAAAUUCAAGGUGGAGGUCACCAAGUUUGACGCCUUGGAGGAGCUAACUGCAGAGUUCAGGCUGACAAAGCUGCUGUGGGACUCUAUGGAGGAAUGGGACUCUCUGUCAGAAGGGUGGAGGCAGAGCACACUGGAGCAACUGGACCUGGAUCAGUUCAGCUCGCAGGUCACUAAAUACAGCAAAUAUGUCAACCAGCUGGAGAAGGGUCUGCCACGCAACAACGUAGUGCCAAGUCUCAAGGACAAGGUGGAGUUCAUGAAGCAGAGGCUGCCUUUGAUCACUGACCUGCGUAACCCGUGUAUGAAAGCAGAGCACUGGAGGACGCUGGAGUCGGUCGCGGGGACCGCCCUGAGCGGGGAGGAGCUGACGGUGGCUGCUUUGGAGACGCUCAACGUCUUCUCGUAUGGCACGGAGAUACAGGAGGUCUCUGGACAGGCUUCAGGAGAGGCAUCAGUGGAGACCAUUAUUACAAAGGUGGAGGACAUGUGGAGGACGGCAGAGUUCACUGUGCUGUCUCACAGUGACUCCAAAGACGUCUUCAUCCUGGGAGGCACUGAUGACAUCCAGGUGCUCCUGGAUGACGGCAUUAUCAACGUGGGCACGGUGGCGUCUUCUCGCUACGUGGCUCCCAUAAAGCCCCGGGUGGACAAACUGCUGAGACAGCUGACCCUCUUCAACCAAACACUGGAUGAGUGGCUCACGUGUCAAAGGAACUGGCUUUACCUGGAGAGUAUCUUCCUGGCCCCGGACAUCAAGAGGCAGCUGCCUGCCGAGUCCAAGAUGUUUCUCAAGGUGGACAAGUCCUGGAAGGCGAUCAUGGCAAAAGUCAAUACGUUUCCCAAUGCCAUGAAAGCAGCCACGCAGCCUGACCUGCUGGAGACCUUCCAGCACAACAACAAACUUUUGGAUGAGAUACAGAAGUGUCUGGAAGAUUACCUGGAGUCCAAGAGAGUCAUUUUCCCCAGGUUCUGCUUCUUAUCUAACGAUGAGCUGCUAAAGAUCCUGGCUCAGACAAGAAACCCGCAGGCGGUGCAGCCCCAUCUCAGAAAGUGUUUCGAUGCCAUUAUAAGGCUCAACUUUGCCUUGCUGGCCGAACAAUCUCCUGGGGCUAUGGCAGGAAGUGAGUCCAACCAGGAGUCCAUCUACAGCAAAGACAUCCUGAGCAUGGUUUCUCCUGAGGGAGAGAAGGUGGCUUUGACUAAAGGUCUGAAGGCGCAGGGUAAUGUGGAGGACUGGCUCUGCAAGGUGGAGGAGGCCAUGUUCAACUCACUGCGCCGCCUCAGCAAGGCCGCCAUCGCUGACUAUCAGAUCAAAUCCAGAGAGGAGUGGGUGAUGGCUGGACAUGCAUCGCAGGUGGUGCUGACCAUCUCCCAGUUGAUGUGGUGCAGGGACAUGGACGCCUGCCUGGAGGGAGACCACGACCACUUUGCUGCCCUGCAGGAAUUUGAACUCAUUAACAUUGAUAGGCUGAUUGCCCUGGCAGCGUUGGUACGAGGAGAGCUGCCUGCUUUAAACCGUAACAUCAUCACUGCCCUCAUCACCACCGACGUCCAUGCCAGGGAUAUUGUAACAGACCUCAUCCAGCAGAAGGCUCUCCUACGAGGGAAAGCCCUGCAUGCUGUGCCCGCAGCAACCUCACCCAGGUGA